UUUCACUGAAUGUGGUUCACGAAUGAUCAAAUGAUAUUGAGAAUUCGGAGGAAAAAAUUUUCCCACGAAAAAGGCACUAAUCAGGUUUUCCACUACCGCAACUGAAAUGGCCCUGCAUUUACGCUUUAGAAGGUACCUAAAACAAUUGAUCUACAUAAGCUAUAAGCGUAGCACGGAAGCAAACAGCAUGGCUGCAUAAUCGAGCAUGGAAUAAGAGUGGUCCUGAUUCCUGUGUAGUUUUUUAUUUAUAUGAAAAGAAAGACGCCGCAGCUUGCUAUAAAGAGAGUACGAUUUCAAAGAUACAGCGGUAAUAUAUUGAUGGAUCCAGCUGUUGGUUGGUUUCAACCUGAACAGAAAGGUCCGGCACUACGGUUGUGGUCUGAAAUUUGGAGUUGUCAUCAAAGUACUGUGAGUAGUUCAGAAGAUCGAAAAACUCUGUUAAGGAAAGAAAAUAAAGCUUGCACAUUUGCUUUAAAUCAAAACAUAGAAUUGACUCUACAAUGUGGUGGAACACCAUGGAAAACAGAAAAUAAAAUGUACAGUUAUGGCACACUAGGUUUACAUGAAGAAAUAGAAGAAUUUUAUCAGUAUAUAUCACCAAAUUUUGCUGAACACAAUGUUAGACUUGAAGUAGUAGAACGAAUAACAAACAUAAUUCUUUCUAUAUGGCCUCAUGCACAGGUCGAAGUGUAUGGAAGCUUUCGAACUGGUCUCUAUUUGCCAACUAGUGAUAUUGACUUAGUUGUGAUUGAGAAAAAGGACAUAUCAUUCAGAGCCCUAGAAAAAGCCCUAUUAGAGAACAAUAUUGCUAAGGCAAGCUCCAUCAAAGUUUUGGACAAAGCUUCUGUCCCUAUUGUUAAAUUGAUAGAUGCAAAAACUGACACUAAAAUAGAUAUUAGUUUUAAUAUGAACAGUGGUGUAAAAAGUGCUAAUCUAAUUAAGGAAUUUAUGCAAGCCUAUCCUGCUUUACCUAAGCUGGUUCUAGUUUUAAAGCAGUUUCUCUUAGAAAGAGAUCUAAAUGAAGUUUUUCUUGGUGGAAUUAGUUCUUACAGUCUUAUUCUGCUCACAAUAAGCUUUUUACAGCACAUGCGAAGUCAGAAUGAAACAAACCUUGGAAAACUUUUGAUUAUGUUCUUUGAGCUUUAUGGCCGUCAUUUCAACUAUCAAAGCACUGGUAUAAGUAUUAAGAAUGGUGGAACUUAUUUUAUAAAAGGAGAUUUUAACUCGAUGACUGAUGGAAAUAGGCCUUCCAUACUUUGUAUAGAAGAUCCUUUGCUACCAGGUAAUGAUAUAGGCAGAAGUUCUUAUGGAGCACUUAAUGUGAAACUGGCGUUUGAAUAUGCUUAUAAAAUACUUAGUGAAGCUGUCCGUCCAAGCAACUUUACUCCUGAUAACAAAAAAAGUAUUUUGGGGCGCAUUAUCCAAAUAACUGAUGAAGUAAUUGCUUACAGAAAUUGGAUUAGCAAAACAUUUCCUGUGAGUUCGAUUUCUAUUUUGCAAGAUUCUGAGUCGAACAUUUCAAACAAAUUGAAAGAUACCCCAACUUGGAAAUCCACACGAGAAAGUGAUUCUUCUUGUAUCUCCUCUGCUUCUAGUAUGGCAAGUGAUACUGAUUCAGAUGUUGAUAUAUUUGUAAAGAGUUCUGAAACUGUUACCUCUGACUUAGAAACUAUCAAGUGAAAACACUGAUUUGCAAAGAAAUCCUUAAUGUCUCUAAUUGAAUGGUGAAGACAUAAAAAUCUUUAAAAAGUGAUGAAAAAAAUCAGAAUUAAUAGUAGUGGAUAUUUUCUUGUUUUAGCUACUACUACAAUUUUACUUUUUAUCCUGUACAACAGAAUUUCAAAUGCAUUUUAUAUAUAUUUUAUAUUAUAAAUAUAUUGUGAUACAGUCCUUUGCAUAUUUACCAAUUACUAAAACUACUAGUAGCAAAGGUAUUGCAGUUCUUAUAUUCUUUUUUUUAUUGAAGAUUAUUAUCAAGGAAAUUUCACUUACAUUUUUUUUAAUUGACUCUAUGGACUAAGUACUUUUCUUAUGUAACGUUCAAGUACGUUAACAAGACAGAACAUCACUGAGAAAUUUCUAAGAAAUAUUUUUUUUCCUCUUAUCUUAUCGGUGUGCAUGUUUAAGAACAUUUUCUUGAAAUUGUUCUUAAUUUCUUGAAUUGUAUAAAUAAUGUUUAAGACAAGAAGGCUGUGACAAACUAGGCAAAAAAAAAUGUGUUUUUAAAUUAUAUAAAUGGUAUUGUUAUAAAGUUUUAGUGUCUAUUGCAUUGAGGCUCAGAUGGUUAUGAUAAGCCUUCUCAAAACACAGUCUUUCAACACAGUCUAAAUUUACUUAAUCUACCCCUUAAUUUUUGCUUCAAAAUAAUGAGUUUCACAUUUCUUGGAUGCAUAAGUCGAUCAAUGAAUUUAUAAAUGCUAAAAAAGAAUUUUUUAGCAAUUUAUAAAAUUUUGCUAAUAUUAUUUGUUUUUCUCUACCACCUUUAUUAUAAAAUUAAAUUUAAAACUUAACGAUGCUACUGCAGACGAAGUGUUUUAAAUUAAUGCAGAUAAUAUACUUUAGAUUUCUCACUACAAUGGUACUAACUUAAAAGAUGUACUAUAUGGUGUAGAAAGUUUUAUUUUUGUUAUAUUUAAGUUUUCAUUGUGUUAUUAUUAUAUUUUUUGUGUGUGUUUGUAUUUAUUAUAUGGAUCUGUGUUUAUUUAUAUUUUUAUUGCAUAGCUGCCAAUUCUUCUGGAUUUUUCCAGAUGAUUUUAUUUUUAUAUUUGAAGUGAUAGUAUGGCCUGUGUUUUUCUGUUUAAUUCUUGAAUUAAAGAAGUUAAUUUAUUUUAAUUAUUAAUUUAUUAUAUUAAUUUUAAUUACCGCAACAAAUGAAUGUAUUAAACAUGUAUAUAAAUGCAUGAUAGUAGCUUAAUGGUGUUCUUAGGCUCUGGUAAAAUAUGCCAAGAUUUUUGCCUACAAUUUAUUUUUUCAAUUUUAAUUUCUUUACCACUUGGUAAAACCAUGCUUGCUUGGAAGGAGCAAAAGUUGACAGGCAUGAUUCUUAAUCUGUCUUCACCUGUCUCAUAAAAAGAUUGGGAAAAAAAUCAUUUCCUGGCAUGUUGCCAGAGUUCAAAACGACCCCUACUAUUAUAGCAAUUUAGGGUCAAUAAAACAGACUAAUUUACUAAAAAGAACUAUGAGCAUUUUGUUUUACUAAAAUUCUUAAUAUGGUUUUAAACAUAGAAUAUUGUGAAUGUUUUUAUUUAUUUUUUAUAUAAAUGAAUUUAAUCCCAGUGUUGCUUACCUUAAAUUGUAACAUGUAUUACAAAAGAGGGGCAACUUUGUGAUACCAUUUUGUAACUCCUUUAUACAGAAUCAAUAAAUAAUGCAAUCUUGAUGCUUUUUGUAACCAAGGAAGUAUCUCCUUCUAAAUAAAAGUUUUAAUUUUAA